GUGACACCAGUUACUGCUUCUGACCAGAUCAGGCAAACAGUGAAGGACUUCAGUUACUGUGCAAGAUGAGAGGUUCACUGUUACUGCUUAGUGCUCUGUUACUGCUGGAGUCCACAGACGGAAAUGGAUAUGAUCAACUAAGCCAACAUGAUACAGACAUUAUUGACAGAGCAAUAAAAGCAGCCAAUGAGAGACAUGGAAAAACCAAACACCUUGAUUUUGACUCCAUUAUAGCAAAUUAUGACAAGCGCAUGCUUAAUGUGUUAUUAAAACCCACCACAUGUGACAGGACAGAACCGUUUGUCCAUCGGAAAGACUGUAAAAUCCGAAAUCCAAAGGCUACACCUCAAGUUUCUUGCAUUGAUUGUCGGGGAGAGAUGACCUGUUUCCUUCUCAGAGAACAAGAAAAGAUUAAACAGACUGUAGACAAAUGUUUGCAUCUGAGAUUCCAUAUUACUGGGGAUGGAACUGGGAUUUCAUUGGCAAAAUGAGCAACAAACUGGAUGUCUGGGAUGCAUCUGAGAAAUAAAAACAAUCAAUAAUCUUUAAAACCAGCCAUGAAAAAAAAAAACCACACACACACAAAACAAAAUUACUAAUGAAAUGUACCCUAUAAUUUUGACCUCUCAGGCCAAUUUUCUUUAUCUUGAAUUUAAUUAUGAAGAUUAAUGUGUAUUUUUGCUCAAUUAUCAGUUUUCUCUGUAUGUUUCAAUGUUAUGAUGUAAUUUUGGGAUAAAUAUGGAAAAUACAGUAGCCUUCAUUAGUUCACAAGGGACGAGGCGUCGUCCAACUUGAACAGGUCGAAACAGAGACGCCUAGUAAAGUAUAUUUUGUAGGUGUUUGGGACACCUGGUUUAAAGGUUAUAAGCCACAGCUUCAAAGCUAUAAAAUGGCAUCUCAAUGUCAUGUCUGAAUGACAAUGUCUGAUACUAUGUACAGUAUCAUUUGAAACUCAAUUUAAAACUUUUCAAGCAAUUUAAAGUAAAUCCAUUUAAAGCAAAAUUUUUCAACUUAUUCUGUAUACAUUCUUUUCAUUAUAUAAUAUUAACCCAGAAGUUCACGGGAAUAUGUGACCCUUUUCAAAAAUUAAUUUAUCACACUGCAUGACCAUUGAAAUGAACUAGAGAAAUCAAGAAGGAUAUUAAAAGUAAAAAAAACAAUAGCAAUGGAAUUGGUUAUAGUUUACAUUUGUACCUUUCAUACCCAAUCAUAUGUAACUACACCAUGUUUAUUUCCAUAAUUAGUUGCUGUAUUUAGAUAAAUGCCUAGUUCUGUCAUGAAUCUCUAGAUGGCGCAGGCUGAUGGGUCCUUAACGCAAGCUGAUGAUAUUCACAGCAUUAACUACUGGCACAAGCUGAUUGGUUCAUGUUGCAUCUGCAGCCAAUGAGCUUGAGGAUAGCAGUCGCAGUGCGCUUUCAGAGUUCGUCUAAAACCCUCCACCUUCCCCAGCUCCACCUGUACAGAUCUGUUAUGGGUUAUUGGUAUAUGCUAUUUGUGCAGCAGCAGCAGGAUGUCUUGCAUGCACACAGCAGCAUUUCGGUGUAUGUAUUGGCAGUAGCAGUAGCAAUAAUCUACAACACAGCAAUAAUCAACAGCAGCAGCGUAGCAGAUCUAUUCUAGAUCUGCUACAAGUACGCAUUUAUAAUACAAUUUAACCACUUAUAAUCAUUUUACAUUAAUAACAAGAACGAUUCAAGUCCACUGCCCAUGUCGAAAUAAUUCUUCUUAUGUUAUAAUUUAUAAGUUCACUGAAUGAAUGAAUAGCAGGAUCAACACUGGAGAGACUUUGGCUUUUAAGACCAUUUGUUUCAGUAAUGCCAUGUCUUUACAAAUCAUCCCAGAACACACCUUAAAAAUAAUAAAGUUAAAUAAUAAAGGCAUCUGCUCAAAUGUU